AUGGCGAUUGCUUUGGCUGAGGCGGACAAGUAUGAGAUCUUGGAGAAGAUCGGCUGCGGCUCCUUCGGUAUCAUCCGUAAAGUCAAGCGGAAGUCAGACGGAUUCAUACUAUGCCGGAAGGAAAUCAAUUACAUCAAGAUGUCUCAAAAGGAGCGCGAGCAGCUCACAGCGGAAUUCAAUAUCCUUAGCUCCCUCCGACAUCCGAACAUUGUCGCCUACUACCACCGCGAACAUCUCAAAGCAAGCCAAGAUCUGUACCUGUACAUGGAAUACUGUGGUGGUGGAGACUUGAGCAUGGUUAUCAAGAACCUCAAGAAGGCAAACAAGCUAGCCGAGGAAGAAUUUGUCUGGCGCAUUUUGUCACAGCUGGUUACUGCCUUGUACCGAUGUCACUACGGAGGAGACCCUGCCGAAGUUGGAUCGAACAUCCUCGGAGCACCGCCCAAACCAUCUGGCCUCAAAGGAAAGCAGGGUCAAGUGACUAUCCUGCACCGUGAUCUCAAGCCCGAGAACAUCUUCCUUGGUAGCGACAACACCGUGAAGCUGGGCGACUUCGGUCUGUCGAAGCAGAUGCAAUCUCACGAUUUCGCGUCCACAUAUGUCGGCACCCCUUUCUACAUGUCCCCCGAAAUUUGCGCGGCCGAGAAGUACACUCUCCGAUCCGACAUUUGGGCGGUCGGAUGUAUCAUGUAUGAGCUCUGCGCGAAGGAGCCCCCCUUCAAUGCGCGCACCCACAUUCAAUUGGUGCAAAAGAUUCGCGAAGGCAAAUACGCACCUCUCCCAGACUACUACUCGCCCGAAUUGAAGAACGUCAUUGGGAGCUGCCUACGCGUCAACCCUGACAACCGCCCGGACACGGCUGCCCUGAUCAACCUUCCUGUUAUUCGUCUGAUGCGCAAGGAGAAGGAAGUAGUGGAUCUUGGCAAGACCCUGCGUCGCCGGGAGGAGGUCGCCGUGCAGAAGGUCCGCGAGAUGGAGCAGAAGCUGGCCAACGUGGAGAAAGAGAAGCAGCAAUUCAAGGCUGAGAUUGAAAACACCGUUCGCCGGGAAUGGGAGGUGAAGGCGCGAUUGGAGAUUGAUCGCCAGGUGCAGAGCGAACUGGACCGACUUCGCAAGCGGUUUGAAGCGGAGGUCCAAGACCGCGUUUCCAUCGAGCUGGAGAAGCAGAAGAGACACAGCAAUCCUCGCGAAGAGCUCUUCCGUACCAGCCUUCGUCGCUCCGAUUCCAGUUCGCAAUCUCGGACUAGUGGUCGCGAAUCGCGUUCCUCCGGAGCUGUAACUGACGACUCGGACGCUCCGUCUAGCACCGACAUCAGUCAGCUAUCCCUGGAGUCUCCUUCCUCCAACAAUAAUAGGAAGCCCAGGAAAGAGACUCGUACUCCGUUCUGUCGUUCCAAGACCGUAGUCGAGUCACCCCAGGAUGUGCAAAUGGCCGAGCCAUCCCCCAUCUCAAUUGCUUCACUUUCACUUUCGCCCCGUCGCACCUCCGCCUCGGGCACCUCGCGCAACAUCUUCGCCGAAGCUGAGCGCCAAAAAGCCAAGUGGGAACCUACUCUGGCUUACUCUGAUGAUGAGGACGACACUCCUGACCUUCCGUCCCCUACUCGCCCGAAGGUCAAGCCUGACCCCUUCAAGGCUCCCCCUCGACCUCUUCUGCGCCAGAACACUGCUGCGCUUAUGCAAAAACUCAGCACCCAGCCCCCUCUAUUCCCUUCUAGUGGAUCUCGGCUUCCACAGAUGUCUGGAGGCCCGUCAGCCUCUCAAUAUGAUAGCCGUAACAACAUGAAUGAGGGCAGGGCCAAGUCUCCUCACCGUCGUCUGUCCAAGAUCCCGUCAUCUGCCAACCUUGCGGCUGACGCUGGGUCUCCUACCCGCAAAAACUCAGCCAAGCAGCCGCCCCCGAUUAAGGCUAAUAAUCCUGGUGGUGAUGAAAUGUUCAAGGCUGUCAUGCAGCGCAACAUGGGUGGUCGUACCCUAGUUGAGCUUGCCCAGGCUAGAGCCGGUGGUCGUCCUGUGGAUGAAUCCAAGCGAUGUGCCAGUGACUCUCGCGCCACUCCUCACGCCUCCAGUAUGAAAUCCUCCGAACGUGAGCCACCUGCCAUCUGGGAUCCCGAGCGUGACGAGAUGCCCAGCCCCUUCCUCGCCCGCGGCAAGAAGGUUAUCCGCAACCUUCGGUGA